AUGGCAGACGCUGAGACAUUCGCAUUCCAGGCCGAGAUCAACCAACUUCUUAGCCUUAUCAUCAACACCUUUUACAGCAACAAGGAGAUUUUCUUGCGUGAACUUAUCAGCAAUUCUUCUGACGCUCUGGAUAAAAUUCGUUUUGAGAGUUUGACUGAUAAAAGCAAGCUGGAUGGACAGCCUGAACUUUUCAUUAGGCUCGUGCCUGACAAAGCCAACAAGACACUCUCCAUCAUUGACAGUGGCAUUGGAAUGACCAAAGCAGAUUUGGUCAACAAUUUGGGUACUAUUGCGAGGUCCGGAACCAAGGAGUUCAUGGAGGCCUUGCAGGCCGGUGCUGAUGUCAGCAUGAUUGGUCAAUUUGGUGUUGGCUUUUACUCUGCUUACCUGGUUGCAGAGAAAGUCAUUGUCACCACCAAACACAAUGAUGAUGAGCAAUACAUUUGGGAAUCACAAGCUGGUGGCUCCUUCACUGUUACAAGAGAUACUGAUGCUCAACAACUUGGAAGGGGAACUAAGAUCACUCUUUUCCUCAAAGAGGAUCAGCUGGAAUACUUGGAAGAGAGGAAGAUCAAAGAUCUUGUGAAGAAGCACUCUGAAUUCAUUAGUUAUCCAAUUUACCUUUGGACCGAGAAGACUCUUGAGAAAGAGAUCAGCAAUGACGAAGAUGACGAGCCCAAGAAAGAGGAAGAAGGGGCUGUGGAGGAUGUUGAUGAGGACAAGGAGAAAGAUUCCAAGAAGAAGAAAAAGAUUAAGGAGGUUUCUCAUGAAUGGGAACUCAUCAACAAGCAGAAGCCAAUCUGGCUGCGUAAACCAGAAGAGAUCUCCAAGGAUGAAUAUGCUGCUUUUUACAAGAGCCUCACGAAUGAUUGGGAAGAACACUUGGCUGUCAAGCAUUUCUCUGUAGAGGGACAGCUUGAGUUCAAGGCCGUUCUCUUUGUCCCGAAAAGGGCACCAUUUGAUUUGUUUGACACCAGAAAAAAGAUGAACAACAUCAAGCUUUACGUUAGGAGGGUGUUCAUCAUGGAUAACUGCGAGGAGCUCAUACCUGAGUACCUUGGAUUUGUGAAGGGUGUUGUUGACUCUGAUGACUUGCCACUCAACAUCUCUCGUGAAACUUUGCAACAGAACAAGAUUUUGAAGGUGAUCCGGAAAAAUCUUGUGAAGAAGUGCAUUGAGAUGUUCAACGAAAUUGCGGAGAACAAGGAUGAUUACAACAAAUUCUAUGAUGCUUUCUCCAAGAAUUUGAAAUUGGGUAUCCACGAAGAUAGCCAGAACAGGGCUAAGCUUGCUGAUUUACUCAGAUACCACUCCACAAAGAGUGGUGAUGAGAUGACAAGCUUGAAGGACUAUGUUACAAGAAUGAAAGAAGGCCAGAAAGACAUCUACUACAUCACUGGAGAGAGCAAAAAGGCUGUGGAGAAUUCUCCAUUCUUGGAGAGACUCAAGAAAAAGGGCUAUGAAGUUCUCUUUAUGGUUGAUGCCAUCGACGAAUAUGCUGUUGGACAGCUAAAAGAGUAUGACGGAAAGAAACUGGUUUCUGCAACAAAGGAAGGACUGAAGUUAGAUGGUGAGACUGAAGAAGAGAAGAAGAAAAAAGAGGAAAAGAAGAAAUCAUUUGAAGAUCUUUGCAGGGUCAUGAAAGACAUAUUGGGAGACAAAGUGGAGAAGGUUGUUGUCUCUGACAGGAUUGUUGAUUCACCUUGCUGUUUAGUGACUGGUGAAUAUGGAUGGACUGCAAACAUGGAAAGGAUCAUGAAAGCUCAGGCUCUGAGGGAUAGCAGCAUGGGAAGCUAUAUGUCUAGCAAGAAAACUAUGGAAAUCAACCCUGAUAAUGGUAUCAUGGAGGAGUUGAGGAAGAGGGCUGAAGCUGACAAGAACGACAAAUCGGUGAAGGACCUUGUGCUGCUGCUUUUUGAGACAGCUCUUUUGACAUCAGGUUUUAGCCUUGAUGAACCCAACACAUUUGCUGGACGGAUUCAUAGGAUGUUGAAGUUGGGUCUUAGCAUUGAUGACGAAGAGACUGGUGUGGAUGAUGUUGAUAUGCCUCCCUUGGAAGAGGAUAGUACUGAGGAGAGCAAGAUGGAGGAAGUGGACUAA